ACCCGACCCGGACAAAGGUUAGCCCACCACGCAACGUCCGUCGAGGAGGAUACUCAGCAGGCGACGGAAAGCGAGAAAAAAAACGCCAAAUCUCUCGAUCGGAUUUUGAAUCACAGAUAAACGAUGUCGGCGGUUCUCACUGCCGGCGGAGGCUUAACCGCCGGAGAUCGUAGCAUUCUCACGGCGAUUAACACCGGCGCGUCGAGUCUCUCCUUCGUCGGCUCAACCUUCAUCGUCCUAUGCUAUUGCCUCUUCAAAGAACUCCGCAAGUUCUCUUUCAAGCUCGUCUUCUACCUUGCUCUCUCCGAUAUGCUUUGCAGCUUCUUCCUAAUCGUAGGUGAUCCUUCCAAGGGGUUUAUUUGUGAUGCACAAGGCUACACAACUCAUUUCUUCUGCGUAGCUUCCUUCUUGUGGACAACCACUAUUGCUUUCACUCUUCACCGCACUGUGGUUAAGCAUAAGACUGAUGUUGAGGAUUUGGAAGCCAUGUUUCACUUGUAUGUCUGGGGAACAUCCUUGGUUGUGACUGUUAUACGUUCUUUUGGUAAUAACCACUCGCAUUUGGGGCCUUGGUGCUGGACUCAAACUGGUCUCAAAGGAAAAGCUGUUCAUUUCUUAACUUUCUACGCUCCUCUUUGGGGGGCCAUUCUCUACAAUGGGUUUACAUACUUCCAAGUGAUACGGAUGCUAAGAAACGCUAGACGUAUGGCAGUUGGAAUGUCAGACCGAGUGGAUCAGUUUGAUAAUAGAGCAGAGUUAAAGGUGUUGAACCGUUGGGGAUACUAUCCACUCAUUCUGAUAGGAUCAUGGGCAUUUGGUACCAUCAACCGUAUUCAUGAUUUCAUCGAGCCAGGCCAUAAGAUCUUCUGGCUCUCGGCUCUUGACGUGGGAACAGCUGCACUAAUGGGCUUGUUCAAUUCAAUAGCAUAUGGUUUCAACAGCUCAGUGCGCAAAGCAAUCCAUGAAAGACUGGAACUGUUCUUGCCGGAGCGGAUAUAUCGAUGGCUUCCGAGCAAUCUAAGACCAAAGAACCACCAUCUGAUUAUGCACCAACAACAACAGCAGCGAAGUGAAAUGGUCUCACUAAAGACGGAGGAGCAGCAAUGAUCACUACCUUUUCAACAUUGUGUGUUCGUGGACCGAUAACAAGAAGGCGGCGUAUUAUGAUAAUAGCAAUUUGGGUGGAGAUUGGUAAGUUUUUGCCUUUAAUGUCUUACGUUUAUGAGUCCCAAUGUGUUCUUCUUUCUAGUAUCUCUUAGAUAUGGUGAGGGAUGCACAACAGUGCGUUCAUGUAUAUGAAUCAUUCUUUGGAGCACGAAUUUGACAAACCAUUAUUUUUUUAUUUAUCAUGCAAACAUGUCUCUUACAUUA